GGGGCUUCUUCGUCCUUUCCUUUCCGUGGGGGAAAUGAGGGCCGCUUGCAAACUGAAGGUUCGCGAUAGCUUGGCCACCACUUCCGUCAUUCUGAGACGGUUUCUGAAAUUGGGAGCGACCAUGGCAAAGAGCAAGUUCGAAUACGUGCGGAACUUCGAGGCUGACGAUACCUGCCUGGCCCACUGUUGGGUGGUGGUGCGGCUGGAUGGCAGGAAUUUCCAUCGGUUUGCUGAGAAGCACAACUUCGCAAAACCUAAUGACAGCCGUGCUCUGCACCUAAUGACCAAGUGUGCCCAAACUGUAAUGGAAGAACUGGAGGAUAUUGUGAUUGCAUAUGGACAGAGUGAUGAGUACAGCUUUGUGUUCAAGCGGAAAAGUAACUGGUUUAAAAGAAGAGCCAGUAAGUUCAUGACUCUCGUGGUCUCACAGUUCGCCUCCAGCUAUGUCUUUUAUUGGCGGAAUUACUUUGGGGACCAGCCCCUUCUGUAUCCCCCCGGCUUUGAUGGAAGAGUCGUGGUGUAUCCUAGCAACCAGACAUUAAAGGACUACCUCAGCUGGCGGCAAGCAGAUUGUCACAUCAAUAACCUUUAUAAUACAGUUUUCUGGGCACUUGUACAGCAGUCUGGACUAACACCAGUACAAGCCCAAAGGAGAUUACAGGGAACUGUCACAGCAGACAAGAAUGAGAUUUUAUUUUCUGAAUUCAACAUCAACUACAAUAACGAGCCCGUGAUGUAUAGAAAGGGGACUGUGUUGCUGUGGCAGAAGGUGGAUGAAGUCACGACAAAAGAAGUUAAGCUGCCAGCAGAAGUGGAAGGAGAACAGAAGGUGGUGACCCGGACCAGGACAAAGCCGGCGCCCUUACACUGCGACGUCAUCGGGGACGCUUUCUGGAAGGAGCAUCCAGAGAUCCUGGAUGAAGACAGCUGACCCUUUACUUUUCAGUCCUGGUUUUGCUCGACCAUGCAGGCCCCCCCCAAAUCUCCUGGCCGUAGGCGGCCCUGGCAUCUGUGCCACCCAGAACAGUGUCCUGGGAGUGGCGUGACUCUGGUUGGGAGGGGAAUGGGGAAAGAAGAGAUGGGUGUGGGUGGUGUAUCAUGUUCUGUCUUAAGUAGAACACCUUUUUUGCAGUGUCGAAACGUGGUUCCUUUGAUAGAAGUGCAUUUUUUUAAAAAUCGUGGUACUAUUUUUAUAAAGCAAGAACUAUUUUAUCCCUUGCAGAAUGAAUCAUUUUUAGAUUGUGGCAUAAGUCUUAUAAAAACCCGUGAAGCUCUUUUCACCUGUGAUAGAAGAUGAGCCCAAGCUUUACUUUCGCCCACCUGUUCUUAACUGGAGAACCCCGUGCCCUUGAUAACCUCACCUUUCCCACCCAUCCGCUUGCAUUUAUCUUUGGCAGACAUGGGGUUAAUAUGGGUUGUUGCCUGCCUAAUGGCCAUGAAUCCAGGAAUUCCAGGGCAAACUCGGGGUUUUGUGCCAGUCUCCAGGUUGGCUACUUGGGCUGAACAAAUGAGUCGUAGUUUGGAUGUCCUUGUGUAAACAUCCCGUAGAUUGAUUUUGUGGAGCUGUCAGCAUCCUCAGCCUCUUGCCAGGGGCAGUGAUUCCAAGGCCACUUACCUCUUUCUAAGAAGAAAUAGAAUUAUGUGUCUAUAUGAGAGAGAAACGUGACAAUGAAUGUGGAGGAAGAAACAUUUACUCUGUGUCCUCAGGAUACUUCAGUUUUAAAAAGUCACCUUCCUGUUGGACUUCCUGAAAAAGAUUCUCAGGUGGCCUAUAUCAUCAGAACAGUGGCAUUUGAACUGGAGAGUAGAGGGGCCAACAUUCCCCUCGGGGGCACAAUGGCAGCUGUCAAAGGAGUCCUAAUAGUUCACCUGCCAGCGGAGCUGGGUGGGGAGCAGCAGGAAUUGCGUGUUGCCAAGCUUUUGGCCUCUGAAGAGGGGAGGCGGUGGAGAUGGGAGGUGAGAGAACCCACAUUUCCUCUUGCCCACAUUCCAUAUUUUAGAGGGAAAAGAUUAAUUUGGCUCUGUAAAGAAUUAAUUAAGAGACAGCUCACAUCCCAGUGACGGGUCUUGCAUUGUAGAAUUUACAGCCGAGGAGAAAAUGUAUUUUUGACGGGGCAACGGCUGGUCUCAUCCCUCACUAAUUGACACCCCAUCUGUCCAUGCCUUUUUUUCCCUUCCCCUUCUCUUCGCUCCACAGGAAUAGGAGGCAUGGCUCAUGUUUGGUCAUUGAUAAAAUUUCUUUGAGAGAAAAAAAAUAAAGGUUUCAACUCCCUUG